AGCGCGAAUAUUCUUCACUUCGAGUUGAGUGUUGACUGUGACCACACCAUCCCGCUGCCCAAGCACCCGCUUAUCUUGACGAGCUUCUGUUGUUAACUUUUCUUGGUGAUCAUUUCCACCCGUCAUCACCAUUCAUUGUCGAGAUGGUUUGGUUAUCAAUGCCACCUGAGCCUAGGCCGCCUGUUAGAAAUAGUCAAGGAACUAAAGGUCGAUCAAUCAGACUUAAAGCUAAUUAUUUCCCAGUGCAAGUGAAAAAUAAAAAUAUUGAGCUGAUUCACUAUGAUGUUGUCAUAACUGAAGCAGGAGGAAAGGAGGUUAAAAUUCCCAAAGCCAAGAGAAUGCGUAUAUUUGAGGCCAUGAAGGAGCAGCAUCCAAAUGUGUUUGGACAGUUAUAUCUUGGGUUUGAUUCAGAGAAGAAUGCCUACAGUGUCUCAAGUUUUAAUCAAAUCAAAAAGGGGUUUAAACAUAAGGUCACUUUAAAGAACCAAAAUACUGACCGUGUGGACGAGUACAAUGUUAGCUUAACUGUGGUCAACCAUGCAUAUCUACAAGAACUUCUCGCUGCUCUUAGAGAUACCUCUGGGACAUCAGUAUUUCCACAGACUAUCUUUCAGAUGCUUGAAGUCCUGUUUCAUCACACCCCAAGUGUUAAGUAUAUAUGUAUAGGCAGAAACACCUUUUUUUCGUGUGGAGGAGAGUUUGGACCUCUUACACCUCUGGGUGGUGGAAAAGAAGGUGUUGUAGGCUUCUUCAGCUCAUUGAGACCAUGUGCAUGGAAGGAUGGAUCUAUGCUCCUUAAUCUGGACAUAUCUAAUAAAGCCUUCUACAAAGAGCAGACUGUGUUGGAAUUCAUGACUGAAAUUGGUUUUACACCUCGAGACUUCAAUUAUCCAUUGGAUGAUGGGCAGCGGAGAAAACUAGCUAAAGAACUUAAAGGACUACAGGUGGAAGUUACUCACACAGAAAAAUGUCGAAGAUACAAAGUCCAAGAUGUCUCACAAUAUGGAGCUGACAGACAGACCUUCCCUCUUACUGAUCCUAACACACAGAAGACUACUAAUUGUACUGUUCAAAAGUAUUUUGCAAUGCAGUAUAAUAAGAGACUCCAGUAUCCAGCACUUAACUGCUUGAAGGUUGGACCACAAAGCAGAAACAUACAUUUGCCUAUCGAGUUCUGCAGAAUCCACAAAGGACAGAAAGACAAAAGAAAACUUACUGACGCUGAAUUAGCAGUAUUGAUAAAAUCGACAGCAAAACCUCCCCGUGAAAGGUUACAGAACAUUUGUAAUGUGAGGAAAGAAGUUGAUUUCAACAUAGACCCUAUUAUUAAAUCACUGGAGUUUACAGUAGCAGAUGAGCCUGUUACUUUAGAUGGAAGGGUUUUGCCCCCACCUAGUCUCACAAUGAACGAAGAACUGAAGCCAAGAGAUGGGGUGUGGGAUUCAAGAAACAGGCAGUUCUUUAAUGGUGCUCAAGUGAACACAUGGGUGGUUAUGAAUUAUGACCCUAAAUUCAUUCGUGAAGACAUGCUGUGGAACUUCUUGACAUCCAUGAUGAAAAUGGGAAAGGAAAGAGGAAUGUCAAUUCAGGAACCAGUAGUACGGUACAGUUUCCGACCAGAUCCAGAACGUGAAUUCCCUGAAAUCAAACAAAAAAUUCCCAACAUACAGAUGAUUCUUGUUGUCCUUCCAAAGUUUGGAAACUUUUAUGCUCGUAUUAAGAAAACUGGAGACAGAGAUAUACAAGUUGUAACACAGUGCAUCAAGUCUACCAAUGUUCGGGCCUGUGCUCCUCCAACUGUUGGAAACAUCCUUCUGAAAAUAAAUGCAAAAAUGGGAGGGACAAAUAAUGUUUUGAGCAACAUCUCUCAACCAAUUGUUUUCACAACUCCUGUAAUGAUAAUGGGAGCAGAUGUAAAUCAUCCUCAAGCUGGUGAUAAGGUUACACCAUCAUUAGCAGCAGUACUUGGCUCAUUGGACAGGUAUGCUUCAAAAUAUGCUGUAGAAGUGAGACAUCAGAUGCAUCGCACAGAAAUGAUCCAGAAAAUCCGUGAAAUGACCAAAAACCUACUAAAAGCCUUCUACCGAUUCACAAAACGAAAGCCAGAAAGAAUUGUCAUGUAUCGGGAUGGAGUGAGUGAGUCGCAGUUUUUGGAAGUUUUGUCAUUUGAGUUAAAGGAAAUGCGAAAAGCUUGCACAGAACUUCAGGCAGAUUACCAGCCAGCCAUUACAUUUAUUGUUGUUCAGAAGAGGCACCAUACCAGGUUAUUUUGUCAGGAGAGGGAUGGAGUUGGAAGGUCUAAGAAUAUUCCUCCAGGAACUACAGUCGAUAAAAGUAUUACACAUCCUACAGAAAGAGACUUCUACUUAUGUUCACAUCAGGGUAUUCAGGGUACAAGCAAACCCACACACUACCAUUGUUUGUGGGAUGAUAGUGAUUUAAAUAUGGAUCAGCUGGAGGAGUUGACGUACGCUAUGUGUCACCUGUAUUCUAGAUGCACCAGAUCAGUGUCAAUUCCUGCACCGGCCUAUUAUGCCCACUUGGCUGCCUUCAGGGCCAAGGUUCAUAUCCAAGAUCUAUGUCAGAGUGAUACUGUUUCUCUAACAUCAUCUUCAUCAGGAGCAGAUGCACCUUCAGAUGCUGUUUUGGCCAGGGCAUGUCAAGUUGAAUUUGGAAACGAAAUUUUCUCCAAAUUGUACUACGUAUAAUUCAAGG